CCCAGACUUUAGUGUCAAAGCAUUUCCUCAUCAAUUGUUUUGUACUUUUAUUUUCAUUCAAUCAGUUAUUAGCAGUCUAUUUUGCAAUUCAUUUCAAUCUGACCCUGGUCGUGUUGCAAUCUAUCGGAUCACUCAUUCUGAUUAUCGGACACCAAAAGUGACGUCUUCUCGCAUUUGAUGACAUUCACAGCAAAUUACAGUGUAUUGAAUGCCUAGUAAUUGAUGAAUGAUUGCAGGCGUGAGUGAUGGGCAACACGAACACGACCUCCUCGUCCAAGAGGGACCGGACCUAUUCGGUGGACAGCGCUUACGACAGACGGGAGUCCAGUAGUCCGCGAUCUGAAGACAACCGCACCUUCGAGUUCGUGGCCGGCGGUCGCAAAAAGCCUGUCCUCUGCUAUCAGUCUUCCUCUGAAUACGGCAACGAAGACUCCACUGAAGACUACAAGGGCCGAUUGAGGGCCACCACUAUCAGCGAGGGCACCACUAUUAAUGAGAAUGCAUUGCCAACGGUCUUCAAAUGGGAAGGUGGAGGCAAAGAGUUUGUGGUCGACGGACAAGAAGUAGUUGACGACAACGUCUCUGUGGACGAGGAGAAGCGAAAUAAUGUGAUUAACAUUAAAAAGGGAGACUUCGAGGUGUUUGAAGCACUGGCUAUGGAUUUGGCCUCAAAUACUAAUAACACUAACAAUAAUAACAAUUCAUCUUCUGGUUCACCGCCUGGUUCUUAUACCCAAGACAUGCCCUCAUCUGUGAGGCAAAGCCAUGAGUUUGGAAACAGUGUACAGCCGUCGCACGUAUCGUCUGCGGGACCGCCGAUACUUCCGCCGCACUUAUUGCAAGUGAUCCUAAAUAACCCAAACGUCAACUUCUAUGAGCCAACACUCCUGCCUCAACCCAAUCACGUUAUGCUAAACCAUUUGUACGCCCUUUCCAUUAAGGAUGGGGUAAUGGUUUUGAGUGCAACCCAUCGGUAUCGCAAGAAAUAUGUGACAACUUUGCUCUAUAAACCCAUUUAAUUAUAUUUGGUUUCAAACUUAUUUACUCCGUUUUCUCGUCAUUUGUUUUGUCAACACAUUACUCAACGUUUGGACUAAUCUUUUGUUUGAUUGUUGCCAUCAUUGGAGUGGUCAGCGGACAGUCGACCGGUGAUGUCAUUCAUGUUCUUCAGAGAUCUCUCUGUCUGUGCGAUAGUGAACCGACUUCUGGAUAAACUGAUGCGACAGUUAAACCAAUAGAUUAGGACUAUUCCGGCGAACGAAAAGACCGCAACAUUAGUGGCUUUCCCCACACGACCUGUCGGUGCGAUUAAUAAACAGUUCUUAGAGUCAGACGUAUUGUCAGUAUUUGGAAAAUCAAUUUUCGCCAAAUUAUUAUUAAAGUCUCGAUUAUAUAUAUCAUACAUAUUGUAAAUAUGAAUAUGUUUUUAUGUUAAUCACGAUUACUUUUAACACUAUAAGCGAAUGAAACAAAUUAUGAAAUAUUAUUAUUUGAGAAAAUCAAC